AUAUGUCGAUGCAGAAGAAACUUCCGAGAAUGUCAUGCAUACCAAUAAAAGCAUCCAACAUUGACCGCGUAUUGCCAAGCUCAAAAUGAUGAAGCCUAGUCAGUGGAGGUUCCGUGGUUGGUGGGCUGAGGGUGAGACACGCUCAUCCAGAGAUCCAGGCUCACAGGAAAUCUUGGGAAUGGGAUGGUUAAGCAGAUUCCCGAUGAUGACGAUCGCUACUUCACUGUACGGUGCCUCUUUGGUCCACCGUGUAUCAGAUAGGUUGGUUGGAGUGAUACGAUCCAACUUGACCCGACCGACAUAGAUUGCGCAGGACUACUCAGUUAAUAGCCAGGAUUCCCGUGUGUGUAUAAAAUUGAUGAAA